CUCCAGGUCCACAGUAACAACAUGUUUUCUCGUGGUGUGAAGAUCUUCUCCUCGGUGUCCUGUUGGUUUAAGUCCCGCCCCCUGGGGGUCUGGGGGGCGGGGCCUGUGGUGUUCCACACGGUAUUGGACGACCGUAACCCGAGCGCGCGCUAUGUGACGGUGCCGCUGGGUGGCCGCAGCGCCUCCGCCCUCCGCUGCCGCUUCGCCUUCGCUGACGUCUGGAUGAUGUUCAGCGAAGUGUGCUUCCAGUCCGAGGAUACCGUACCGCCCACUCAGCCGCUCCCGACGGUCAGGCCCCUCCCACCUGACCUGCACCGCGCCACGGCAACCAUCCCAGCCACCGCGACGGGCCCCUCCACGGUGCCGCCGGCGGUCAGCCCCACGCCCGUGCUGAUUGGCUGCCUGGUGACCAUCAUCCUGCUGCUGGUGCUCAUCAUCUUCCUCAUCCUCUGGUGUCAGUUCGCCUGUAAGGUCCUGGAGAAGGCUCCUCGCCGCAUCCUGGAGGAGGAGCUGACCGUCCGCCUGUCGUCCUGCAGCGAGACCGUGGCUCUGCAGACCCCCCCCGUGCCCCCCCGCGCCCCCCCUGCCACAGGCGGCGUGGCCCCGGGCGUGGACCCCCACUACGAGAGGGUCUUCCUGCUGGACCCUCAGUACCAGAACCCCGCCGCGCUCAGGAACAAACUCCCGGAGCUGUCGCAGAGCGCGGAGACCUCUGGUUGCGGGGGGGGUUACGCCGAGCCUGACAUCACCCAGUGCACGCCCCAUCAGUGUUUCCAUAGCAACGCGCCGCACUAUGCGGAGACGGACGUGGUGAGCCUGCAGGGCGUGACGGGCAGCAACAUGUACGCCGUCCCCGCACUCACCGUGGACUCGCUCAGCCGGCAGGACAUCUCGGCCACGGAGGUCCCCCGGGAACGGCUGGUGUUCAGGGAGAAGCUGGGGGAGGGCCAGUUUGGAGAGGUCCACCUAUGUGAGGGGGAGGGGCUACCAGGAGGGGCUGUCCUGGUGGCUGUCAAGCAGCUGAGAGCUGAUGCAACAAGCCAGGCCAGGAACGACUUCCUGAAGGAGAUAAAGAUCAUGUCCCGGCUGAGCGACCCCAACAUCAUCCAGCUGCUGUGUGUGUGUGUGGCGUCCGACCCGCUGUGCAUGGUGACCGAGUACAUGGAGAACGGGGACCUCAACAUGUUCCUGUCCCAGCGGGAGAUCGAGAGCACGCUCACACACGCUAACAACAUACCCUCCGUCAGCCUAUCGGACCUGCUCCACAUGUCGGUCCAGAUUUCCUCAGGGAUGAGGUAUCUGGCCUCGCUGAACUUUGUACACCGCGACCUGGCCUCCAGGAACUGCCUGCUGGACCGCCGCCUCACCAUCAAGAUCGCCGACUUCGGGAUGAGCCGCAACCUGUACAGCAGCGACUACUACCGCAUCCAGGGGCGCGCAGUGCUGCCCAUCCGCUGGAUGGCCUGGGAGAGCAUCCUACUGGGUAAGUUCACCACGGCCAGCGAUGUGUGGGCGUUCGGAGUGACGCUGUGGGAGGUGUUCACCAUGUGCAAGGAGCAGCCCUACAGCCUGCUGUCGGACCAGCAGGUCAUCCAGAACACCGGAGAGUUCUUCAGGAACCAGGGCAGACAGGUCCUCCUCUAUGCCCCGCCCCUCUGCCCCCCCUCCCUCUUCAAGCUGAUGAUGUGCUGCUGGGGCCGCGACGCCGACCAGAGACCCAGCUUCGAGGGCCUGUACCGGGCCCUGAGGCCCCACGCUGACCAGUGACCCCCCCCGGGCCCCACGCUGACCAGUGUGACCCCCCGGGGCCCCACGCCGACCAGUGUGUCCCCCCGGGGCCCGGGGCCCCACGCUGACCAGUGACCCCCCCCC